CUUCCGCUACUCGGAGACGCGGUUCCGCUCUGCCCCGCGCGCAGUGGACGAUCUGAAACGGAGAGCGCGGAUUUGGCUGCGGCCUCGCGGCUGGGGAGCCCAGCAUGGCCUCCUCGCGAGCCUCCUCCACGGCAACCAAAACUAAAGCACCUGAUGAUUUAGUCGCCCCUGUUGUGAAGAAACCACAUAUCUAUUAUGGAAGUUUGGAAGAGAAGGAGAGGGAACGUCUGGCCAAAGGAGAGUCCGGAAUUUUGGGAAAAGAAGGGCUAAAAGCAGGAAUUGAAGCAGGAAAUAUUAAUAUAACCUCAGGAGAAGUAUUUGAAAUCGAAGAGCACAUCAGUGAGCGGCAGGCAGAAGUAUUGGCGGAGUUUGAGAGAAGGAAGCGAGCCCGGCAAAUCAACGUUUCCACAGAUGACUCCGAAGUCAAGGCUUGUCUCAGAGCCUUAGGGGAACCUAUCACACUCUUUGGAGAGGGUCCUGCUGAAAGAAGAGAAAGGUUAAGAAAUAUCCUCUCAGUGGUUGGUACUGAUGCCUUAAAAAAGACAAAAAAAGAUGAUGAGAAAUCUAAGAAGUCCAAAGAAGAGUAUCAGCAAACCUGGUACCAUGAAGGGCCAAAUAGUUUGAAGGUGGCUAGACUGUGGAUUGCUAAUUAUUCACUUCCCAGGGCAAUGAAACGCUUGGAAGAGGCUCGUCUCCAUAAAGAGAUUCCUGAGACAACUAGGACCUCACAGUUACAAGAACUGCACAAAUCUCUCCGAUCUUUGAAUAAUUUCUGCAGUCAGAUUGGGGAUGAUCGGCCUAUCUCCUACUGUCACUUUAGUCCCAAUUCCAAAAUGCUGGCCACAGCUUGUUGGAGUGGGCUUUGCAAGCUCUGGUCUGUUCCUGACUGCAACCUCCUUCACACUCUUCGAGGCCAUAAUACAAAUGUAGGAGCAAUUGUAUUCCAUCCCAAGUCCACUGUCUCAUUGGACCAAAAAGAUGUCAACCUAGCCUCUUGUGCUGCUGACGGUUCUGUGAAGCUUUGGAGUCUUGACAGUGAUGAGCCAGUGGCAGAUAUUGAAGGCCAUACAGUGCGGGUGGCCAGAGUAAUGUGGCAUCCAUCAGGACGUUUUCUUGGUACCACCUGCUAUGACCGUUCAUGGCGCUUGUGGGAUUUAGAGGCUCAAGAAGAGAUCCUGCAUCAGGAAGGCCACAGCAUGGGUGUGUAUGACAUCGCCUUCCAUCAAGAUGGCUCUUUGGCUGGCACUGGGGGACUGGAUGCUUUUGGUCGAGUUUGGGACCUGCGCACAGGACGUUGUAUCAUGUUCCUAGAGGGCCACCUGAAGGAAAUCUAUGGAAUAAGUUUUUCCCCCAAUGGCUACCACAUUGCAACUGGCAGUGGUGACAACACCUGCAAAGUGUGGGACCUGCGACAGCGACGCUGCGUCUAUACCAUCCCUGCCCACCAGAACUUAGUGACUGGUGUCAAGUUUGAGCCUAUCCAUGGAAACUUCUUACUCACUGGUGCCUAUGAUAAUACAGCCAAGAUCUGGACACACCCAGGAUGGUCCCCACUGAAGACUCUAGCUGGUCAUGAGGGCAAAGUUAUGGGACUAGACAUUUCUUCUGAUGGGCAGCUCAUAGCCACUUGCUCAUAUGACAGAACCUUCAAGCUCUGGAUGGCAGAGUAGGCCAGAACAUGGAAGCAAGACUGUAACCUCAAGGUCUACCUUAGGAACCAUUUUCCUCGAAAAAGAAUUCUAGCCAGGUGUGGUGGCACAAGCCUUUAAUCCCAGCACUUGGGAGGCAAAGGUAGGAUUGCCAUGAGUUCGAGGCCAGCCUGGGGCUACAGAAUGAGUUCCAGGAGUCUAGGCUGGAGUGAGAACCUACCUCUAAAAAAAAAAAAAAACAAAAACAAAAAAGGAUUAUAUUUUGUUCUAUCAUGUCUUCUGCCAAUUACCAUGCAUAGGAUUGGAUUUUCUUGUCAGCCCCACUUCCAAGUAGACACCCUGGCACUUCAUGAUGGCUCACCUCUCUGAUGGUUAAAACUUAUCUGCCAUGAACUGUGUGUGUAGAUACUGUUUUGAUUAGUUGUUUUUGAAUGCCCUACCACCUCCAUCAAUACUCAGAAUUGUGACUGCUUUUUUUUUUUUCUUGCUCUUUGACAGAAGGUCAUGCUGUAUAGUCCUGACUGGCCUAGAACUCGCAUUGAUUGUAGAUCAGGCUGGCCAUAGGCUCUCAGUGACCCUCCUACCUCUGCCUCUCAAGUGUUGGGAUUACAGGAAUAUGCUACCAUGCCUGGAAAUCUACAUUUUUAAUUCUUGAAACUUGGUUUUCUGUACAUAGUAUGUGCUUGGGACUGUGUGAUGCCAUAAGCAGAGGAAGAGAGGUGAAGCAGUAGACUGCAGCUGUGCUGGUAGAAGAUUAGAUCCCUUCAGUGGAGUUUACGGAGCAUGCUAACUGCAUCAGGAAACUCAGAGUUCAACACUGGCCUUGUCAGAAAGAUGUCUUCAGUUUGCUUUGAAACAUGUUACUCUUCAUGUUACCCUAAAGCAAGACCACUGUGUCAGGAGUCAAAGAAGUUUUUAGAAAACAAAUAUGAUGUCUAUAUUGUACAACCUGCUUUCUGUUAGUUAUUAAAGGAUGUACUUCAUGUAUUAAAGGAUAUUUCAUGU